CCAGUAUAGUAGCUAGCAGCAACAACGUAAAUCUCUAAGCUAAUAAUGGCUUCUUCUUCUUCUUCUUCUUCUUGGGUGUCGGCAACUUUUCCAGUUCCCAUGAAACAUCGUAAUCAGAGGUCAGGUCGGAUUAACAGUCAAGGUUGGGUCAGGGCGCCGAUCAACCGGUGCAGCUGGAACAGGGGAAAACAGAGCAACAGCAGCAGCAGGUUGCGUGGUUUGUCGGCGGAAGCGGCAAUUAACGAAACUAGUUCGAAUAUUACUAGUAAAAGAUCAUCAUCUUCUUCUUCUUCUUCUUCCAAGGAAGGCAGAUUAGCGAGGAAGGAAACAGAGAGGUUGGCUUACCUGGUGGCUGCCAUGUUGUCCAGCGUUGGCAUCACUUCGAUGGCCGCCAUAGCUGUCUUCUCCAGAUUCUCUUGGCAAUUGGAGGGUGGGGAGUUUCCAGUGGUGGAAAUGUUUGGGACCUUCGCCUUGUCCGUCGGAGCCGCUGUGGGGAUGGAGUUUUGGGCUCGGUGGGCACACAGAGCAUUGUGGCACGAUUCUUGGUGGCACAUCCACGAGUCGCAUCACAGGGCCAGAAGAGAAGGAGCAUUCGAGGCGAAUGAUGUGUUUGCAAUAACGAAUGCGGUGCCUGCCAUUGCCUUGCUCUCCUAUGGUUUCUUCAACAAAGGCAUUUUCCCUGGUCUCUGCUUCGGCACCGGAUUGGGGAUAACGGUGUUUGGGAUGGCGUACAUGUUUGUGCACGAUGGGCUGGUCCAUCGGCGCUUCCCCGUUGGGCCCAUUGCCAACGUCCAUUACCUCCAAACAGUUGCAGCAGCUCACCAGGUAACUUCACCAUGCGGACAAAUUCGAUGGCGUUCCUUAUGGGUUGUUCUUAGGGCCUCAGGAAGUAGCUGAGGUUGGAGGCACGGAUGAGUUGGAGAAGGAAGUCCAAAGAAGAAUUAACCGCUCCAUUUGAUUAAUUUCUUCUCCACUGAAAUUACACUUUCUAUCUCCCUUUUUCAGUUUUUCCUUCCAUUCAUUCUUUCGUUUACUUUGAGUUCAAUUCUACUAAAUUUUUACUUUUUUAGGCUUGGUGAUUCGUUCAAUCUCAAUAUAAAGCUAGCCAGAGAAGGAAAUUGUAAAUAGAAGUGUGUUCUUCCUCGCAUCUGGAAGUAUAUGGGGAUUAUAAAUGGGCAUAUGCAGUGGGUAGCUAGGAUUCUAGUUUAGUG